UUUCCGCUUGGUCCUAGUGCCUGACGAGUCUCUGUUUACCAUAGCGUAACAUGGUUUCCGGACGGUGAAAACUGCAGGGGACCAGAACGGCCUUUUGAAAAAGCGCAGGGGACAUGUCCCCUGUGUCCCCCCCCCCAAAUUACGUCCGUGUAUUCAUGCAUUUUUCCUGUGGAGGACCAGUAAUAGUCGGCCUGAAUUUAAGGGGCUCCGUAAGUUCGUUAUGUCAGCACGUAUUUACUGCAGGUGAACGGAAGAUGGUGAUAUAGUCUCACUUUAGAUACAUACUAGAUUAGAUUCGUAUUUAGGCGGGCGGAGUCAGGCUACGUUUCACCAGAGAAUGUCUAAUAUGGUUUCACUUUCUUUCGCAUCAGAUUUGUUUCGACCAAUCCGGUCGCCGGGGACGGGGAUUUUCUGGCUUCGCCCGCCUAAAGUAGGCCUACUACCGCUCAAUUUGAUUUUCCCUUCAUUAUUAGUACGAGAAUCUGGUAGGAGGACCAUCCUAGCACUUCAACAAAAAGUCUUAUUCUGAAAGCUGAACACACCUGCUGCGCAUAACAUAGUAGGCUACCUACGACUGCUGGAUCCAAGAUUAAGUUCCAUUAUCUCAGUCUCUUCCUGAGCUUCAAGAAUGGCACACAACGCCAUUGUACGCAACAAGACAAUCAUUCAAGAUAUUCUAUCCGCAGAUGCCCAAUUCAUACUUAACAAAGUGAGAGAGAAAACGCUGAUAACCGACCGGGAUUACAAAAAACUAAAAACCAUCAAUAAGGGGAACGCAGAAGAUCUCGUAAUCCAGCUCGUGGACAUGCUCAUCGACAAAGGAAGAGAAUCAGAGUUCAUUGAGGUUCUACAGGACGAGAUCGUUCUCGAAACGUAUCCUAAGCUUAAACACGUGGAAUGGGGAGUCAGUGGGUCUUCCGCCGUCUCAUCGAGCAGUUUGAAACGCUCCUCUGAGAGGAGUUUAAGUGAAGAUGCUCCAGAGAGUCACAAAAGCCAAAAGACGGAAGACAAAUAUCCGUUAACCAGCGAACCCACCGGUCUCUGCGUGAUCAUUAACAAUGAGAACUUCGGUGACCCAGAGGACAAGAGAAGUGGAACAGAGAGGGACGCUGAAAGCCUGACCGACGUGUUCAGCUCGCUUGGCUUCCAGGUGCUGAUGUGUAAGGACCAAACGGCGAGCGACAUAGCCCAGGUCACGAAGCUGCUGGCGGCCUUGAAGGACCUGGCGGGGCUGCAGAAGUGCAAGCUGGAGGAGUGGUCCGACAGCAGGUUCACCCCAUUGAGCGUGCUCCCGCAGCACGGCGACGCCUUCGUCUGCUGCAUCCUGAGUCACGGCGAAGAGAACAUGGUCUCGGGCGUCGACCACAAGCUGGUGGCCAUCAGCGACAUCACCUCGGCUUUCAACGGAGAACACUGCCCGGCUCUGCUUGGGAAGCCCAAGGUGUUCUUCAUCCAGGCCUGCCAGGGGCAUAGUCUCCAGCCAGGAUUGGCUGUGGAUGACUCCAUUCAUCAGAUGCCGAUAAAGGAAGACUCACCCAAUCACCCGAUAGAGGCUGAUUUCCUGGUUUCCAAGGCCACGGUUGGAAAGUACCAAGCACUUAGACACCAUAUAAGCGGUGGCAUUUUCAUCCAGUCUCUGUGUGAGCAACUUCGCAAGGGAUGCAACAGGGGUGAAGAUAUCUUGGAGAUUCUUGUCCACGUAAACGCUGACGUAAGCAAGAAAGAUUUUGGUAAAACAAAAGAUACGGAGAAGGUAUGGAAGCAGAUGCCUGAAUUUGGAAAUGUGACCCUGACCCGCAAACUUGUGUUCUCGCCGUGUUCCAGCUGAGAAAACAAAACAAGGCUGGCACAUAGACCACAACACACAUUUCUAACAGUUUUCUUUGUUCUUCCAUCCUUUAUUCAAUCACAAAAUACAUUACCGACACACAACAUGUGUUUUUCCUUUUAGGAGGAAGUUUUUUUUAAAGUACACAAUUUACUUUUUAUACUCUUUUAUAAGCCUUACUUUCCUUGGUUUUUACGGUGUGAACUGUUCGUUGAUAGUGAUUUUCUUAUAUAAGAAACGUAAAACAAUAAAAAUUGCUAUAUAACAAAAAACA